AUGAGGGGACGUUCUGGACGAAGAUCAAGGAGUCGAGACCGCCGUCGAUCGCGAAGCCGCGACCGGGGUUACGGUGGCGGUGGUGGCCGUCGAAACACCGCCGGUGCUAACUUACGAAAACCCCGUUGGGAUUUAAGCCGUCUUGAGCCGUUCAAAAAAGACUUCUAUGUACCACAUCCUAACGUAACAAACCGUCCAAGCUACGAAGUGGAAGAAUGGCGAAGAGAGAAAGAAAUUACCCUCAAAGGAAAAUGCAUCCCCGAUUUAGUGUUCACAUUCGAAGAAGCUGGUUUUCCAGACUACGUCAUGUCCGAAAUUCGCAAAAUGGGAUUCAAACAUCCGACACCUAUACAGUCGCAAGGAUGGCCUAUUGCUUUAUCGGGACGUGACAUGGUUGGAAUCGCUUCGACAGGGUCUGGAAAAACGCUUUCGUAUAUUCUGCCAGCGAUUGUGCACAUUAACCAUCAACCCAGGUUAUUACGAGGUGAUGGACCCAUUGCGUUGGUGCUGGCGCCCACGAGGGAGCUGGCACAGCAGAUACAACAGGUCGCAACUGAUUUCGGCCGUUCAUCAAAAAUUCGCAACACUUGCGUUUUUGGAGGCGCCCCCAAAGGACCUCAAGCUAACGAUUUGAUGGAUGGUGUAGAAAUAGUUAUAGCAACCCCGGGCAGAUUGAUCGACUUUUUAGAAAGUAAUAGAACGAACCUUCGACGUUGCACGUAUUUAGUUUUAGACGAGGCAGAUCGGAUGCUUGAUAUGGGUUUUGAACCCCAAAUUCGUAAAAUAAUCGAACAGAUUAGACCAGAUAGACAGACCCUGAUGUGGUCAGCGACUUGGCCUAAAGAAGUUCAAGCCCUAGCGGCUGAGUUUCUAAAAGACUACAUUCAGAUAAAUAUUAUUGAUGUGUGUCAGGAAUAUGAGAAAGAGACGAAAUUGAGUACGUUACUUAAAGAAAUCAUGGCCGAGAAGGAAAAUAAGACGAUCAUAUUUAUUGAAACUAAGAAGAGAGUUGAUGAGAUUACCAGAAAAAUGAAACGUGACGGAUGGCCAGCGGUUUGCAUACAUGGAGAUAAGUCGCAACAGGAGAGAGAUUGGGUUUUACAAGACUUCAGGACUGGUAAGGCCCCUAUUCUCGUGGCGACUGACGUGGCGGCUCGAGGUUUAGGUACGUGGUAUAGUGGCAGGCACAAGCGUGUUAAUGACAGAAUCAUUGUCAUUGUGGCUGUGCCUCUCAAUCGGACGACGGUCAAUGUGCGCUCAGGCGGCCAUGUUGGAGUCUGUGGUCUAGGACUGCCGGCUAUAACCUGGUCGUGGGCGGGCGGCCUACUCGACGACGCUGCCCCACGCCGGACUCAGAUUUGGGUUGGCUGGCUUGGCUGCGAGGCGCAGUGUCCGUCUGACACACACACUCGCUCCAGGUCUCGCGACUUGGGCGCUUCUGUGAGCUGA